GUGGGGAGGGGUGGAAUGCGAGUAGCUGACUGGUCUACUAUGCUUAUCGGGUCGUCGACUGCUCCAUUACAUCCCUCGUUCUCACUAACUGCGUACAGCAGCAGGGUGUUCCGGGUGACCUUCCUGACUUUGGCUGUCUCCAUAAUUAUUCCCUUGCUUGGAGCAAUAGUUCUCCUGGAAUGCCCAAUAGACCCUCAGCCUCUAAGCUUCAAAGACCCUCCCCUCCUGACUGAUGCAUUAGAGCCAAAUACUAAGCUGCGAAAAGCAGAAAGGAUAUUUGAAAAUCAACUUGUUGGACCAGAAUCUAUUGUCAAUAUUGGUGAUGUGCUGUUUACUGGCACAGCUGAUGGAAAGAUUCUGAAGAUUGAAGAUGGGAAAGUAAAAAUAUUAGCUAGACUUGGCCAUGGCCCAUGCAGAACCAGAGAAGAUGAGCCUGCCUGUGGGAGACCUCUUGGCAUCAGAGUUGGGCCAAAAAAUACCCUGUUUGUGGCAGAUGCCUAUUACGGAUUAUAUGAAAUUGAUCCAGUCACAGGUAAUGUGAAAACACUAGUGUCAACCAAGGAACCAGUUGAAGGUCAGAAAAUGUCCUUUCUGAAUGAUCUGACGUUGACUCGGGAUGGGAGGAAAAUCUUCUUCACAGACUCCAGCAGCAAAUGGCAAAGGAGGGAUUACACAUUCUUGGUUAUGGAAGGCACAGAUGAUGGCCGCCUGCUUGAGUAUGACACGGUGACAAAAGAAGUGAAAGUCUUAAUGGUAGGACUGAGGUUUCCGAACGGGGUCCAGCUCUCUCCUGCUGAGGAUUUUGUGUUGGUAGCAGAAACAACCAUGGCUAGAAUAAGGAGGUACUAUGUGUCUGGAUUGAUGAAAGGUGGCGCCGAUAUGUUUGUAGAAAACUUGCCUGGCUUUCCAGAUAAUAUCCGGUUAAGCAGCUCUGGGGGAUAUUGGGUAGCCAUGUCAACUAUUCGGCCCAAUCCUGGGUUUUCUAUGGUGGAUUUCAUAUCUGACAAACCAUGGAUCAGAAGAAUAAUAUUUAAGCUGUUAAGUCAAGAAACGGUGAUGAAGUUUGUGCCCAAGUACAGCCUUGUCUUAGAACUUAGUGAAACUGGAUCCUACAAAAGAAGCUUUCAUGAUCCCAAUGCAAUGGUGGUAACUUACGCUAGUGAGGUCCACGAACACGAUGGGCAUCUUUACCUGGGCUCCUUCCGAUCUCCAUUUAUAUGUAGACUUAACCUUCAGGAUGUUUAACUGCCCGUACAAAAUGAAAUGCCAUUGUUACCCUGGAGCUGGAACAAGAACGUUUGUGGCAGCGUGUGACUGAGGCAGAGCGCCGGAAAUGGAUCUGUUCUGUGCAGCAGGGAAUCCCUGUGGGACUGUUGUGAUAGGAAAACAUGUAUGAUUUGCUGUGUCCCCCCUUCCGUGGUGUAACUCCUCUGCGUCUUUACUCCCAACAGACAUAAGACGUCAGAGUGACAAGUACAUACGACCAAAUGCUUUUAUUGAGCAAAACCUGUUGCACGCGUUGCAAUCUACAGAGCUGCUUCUCUUACUGUCCCACCGGCACAAACGAUCACACUGGAAAUAGGUAAAUGGAUGUAAUGAAGUAAUAGGCUUAUUGAAGAGAGGGUGUCUUGCAUGUCUUCACCACUGAGUUAGAUCCUACUCUGUAGGCAUGGUUUGGAAAGUCCCCGUCCUGCUGUGUUUCAGGGGUUGGUGCAGUAACCACUAGAAAUCUAGUCACAUCUUAGUAUAACGUCAGGCUCUCUUUCCAUAGGCUGAAUUGAAGAAAUGGAAGUGAUAUAAAGUAUUUGAGCUGUGA